GAAACCAUGUCUUCCUCCACCAAAGGAAAAGAUAUAGUCCCAGGAUCAUCAUCGUCGUCAUCAAGAUCCGCUUCUGCUAAUUAUGCUCCUUCCGAUCAUCGUCAUCUUGCUCAGCCUCCGUCUCAGCCUCAGCCUCAGCCUCUGAGUCGAUAUGAAUCUCAAAAGCGAAGAGAUUGGAACACUUUUGGACAGUAUCUUCGGAACCAGAGGCCUCCGGUGGCUCUAUCACAGUGCAAUUUCAACCAUGUCCUUGAAUUUCUUCGCUAUCUCGACCAGUUCGGCAAGACUAAGGUCCACCUCCAGGGUUGUCUCUUCUUCGGACAAUCCGAACCUCCUGGUCCCUGCACUUGCCCUCUCAGACAAGCCUGGGGCAGCCUCGAUGCUCUCAUCGGCCGCCUCAGAGCCGCCUACGAGGAAAACGGAGGCUUGCCGGAGACCAACCCCUUUGCUAGUGGAGCCAUAAGAGUUUACCUUCGUGAAGUGAGGGAUUCUCAGGCUAAAGCCAGAGGUAUCCCUUAUAAGAAGAAGAAGAAGAAAAGGCAUCCGUUGAUGAAGCCCCAGUUCAACGGCGAGACCUCAAAUAAUAACCUGCCUAUGCAGUGAAAAAUUUGAGAAGAAGGCAUAUAUAUGGGACGUCCCUAUCAUCUGAGUCCUGAAGAAUCUGUACUGUGCCAAGCCUUCGUUUAGACAUUAAAUGACGCUGGCAAAUAUCCUUUGGAUCAGCUUAAAACUCUUCCCUUAGCUACGUAAUGGUACUGUUUAAGUUUCAAGAAGCUGUAUUUGUUAUUUUGAAUGGAAUUUAGAAGUGAAUGACCAAAGAAUUUGACUUGAUGUAUAUGGGGUAAGUCCUUCUAUUAUUGUUGUAUCCAUAUCUUUUAUAUAUUUGAUCAGUCACUUUCUGCAGCACAGCAUCAAUUA